CCUGAUGAAAGACGGUUUUUUGGUUCCGCUAAACGCCUGAUCUAAUUCCAUUUUCCCAUCGGAGAAGACGAACUGAAGAAAAAGGAGCGAUUGAGUCGUGAAUUCGUCCAAUCGGAAGAUGUGGUUUGGAGGCGGCGCAUUUAGACCUUCUAGUUCAACCGGAAGUGUUUUGAUUUCAAGCGCCACCGCGUUUGUCAGGCAUUUCUCCCGUAGCCGCGCGGAGAAUCUGAGGAAAAUCAACCCAAAAGUGAGCUUUCCGGAAGCUAAUUCCAUCGCUCGUGAUCUAUACGACGUCGUCAAGCAGCAUGGCCCUCUGACCAUCCCCAAUACUUGGGUUCAGGCUAAGGAAUCUGGUGUCAGUGGAUUGAUGAGCAAAACACACAUGAAGAUAAUGCUCAAAUGGAUGAGGGGAAGGAAGAUGCUGAAGCUGUUCCCCAACCAAGUUGGUUCGACCAAAAAAUUCUUGUUAUGCACACUGCCUGAAGACGCUGAAGUUACUCAAUUUAGAGAAUCGUCAGCAGUAAGGCUGCAACAUAGGAAGCCUUCCAUUAAACGGAAGAAGCAAAAGAAAUAGGUCUGUGAUUCUGUGUCUAAGCCAUCACUUUCGGCUUGGAACCCUUGCUUAGUGUGUUCCAUUGCAAUUUCAAUGCUCCCUUCGGCUGUUUGAGUCAACUUUACCUUUUCCCAUUGGUGUUGCUAUCAAUAGCUGUUUCAUUAAUUUAUGGUCGUUUUGAAAAGAUCUUGAUCAGUUUCGUUAUAUUUUUCGUUGAGUCAAGGUCUGGUAGUGAUUAGGUUGACAAUUUGGAUUGUUGAAACUUGAAAUAAUAGUAUCUGCGGCAUCACGUAGGGGACUAGUAUCACGUGAGGUACUGAAUUUGAAUCUAGACUUGACGAGCAGAUCA